GUGUCCAUUGCUCUUUUCUCCAGGUCUCAAUCAUUCUUCUGACUUCGCAAUCUGCCGUCUUUCAAUUUGUGAUUGUCGACACCAAUUCUCUGCUCGUAAGACAAUGGCUGCGACCGUGAGCAUGCAGGUUGCGGGACUUGCUGCAGGAGUUGCCUUCGCCCCAGAGAUCAGCAGCGGCAAUGUGGGAUCGUCCUCCAGCUCCCUGGCCGGCGUCAGGAUGGUGGUCUCGCCCAAGGCCCAGCUCAGGCACGCACGCUUGCCGGCCGCCAGCGCGUCGAUGUACUCCGAUGCCAAGUACGACUUGAACAACUACAAGUUCGAGCCUAUCAAGGAGUCCAUCGUUGCGCGCGAGAUGACGCGGCGCUACAUGACCGAAAUGAUCACUCACGCCGACACCGACGUGGUGGUGGUGGGAGCUGGGUCUGCGGGCCUGUCGUGCGCUUACGAGCUGUCGAAGAACCCGAAUGUGAAGGUGGCCAUCAUCGAGCAGUCGGUGUCGCCGGGAGGAGGCGCGUGGUUGGGCGGGCAGUUGUUCUCGGCCAUGGUGGUGCGCAAGCCGGCCCACCGCUUCUUGGACGAGAUUGAGGUGCCCUACGAGGAGUUGGAGAACUACGUGGUGAUCAAGCACGCGGCUCUGUUCACAUCCACGAUCAUGAGCAAGCUGCUGGCCCGGCCCAACGUGAAGCUGUUCAACGCGGUGGCGGCGGAGGACUUGAUCAUCCGGGGCGAUCGCGUGUCCGGCGUGGUGACGAACUGGGCGCUGGUGGCGCAGAACCACAACACACAGUCGUGCAUGGACCCGAACGUGAUGGAGGCGAAGGUGGUGGUGUCGUCGUGUGGGCACGACGGACCGUUCGGCGCGACGGGAGUGAAGAGGCUGCGGAGUAUUGGGAUGAUCGAGAGCGUGCCCGGGAUGAAGUGCCUGGACAUGAACGCGGCAGAGGACGCGAUUGUGAAGCACACGCGGGAGGUGGUGCCUGGCAUGAUUGUCACGGGAAUGGAGGUGGCCGAGAUCGACGGGUCGCCACGAAUGGGACCGACAUUCGGAGCGAUGAUGAUAUCUGGGCAGAAGGCUGCGCACCUGGCCCUGAAGGCGCUAGGCCUUCCCAAUGAGCUUGACGGAAACUACAAGCUCAAUGUGCACCCUGAGUUGGUGCUUGCAUCCACCGACGACGAGACCGCAUCCGCCUGAGCCUUGACCAUGGGGAACAAAUUAUCCCUCGAACUUAGUUCUUUUUGGGAAGUGGGAUCUCUUGUGUCCAUUAGGUAAUUUCUUUGUAAGUAGUGGAGCAGGAGGUUAAUCUCUCUGAAAACCAAUGUGUGAUAGAAGUAGGAAUCGUAUGACUGCUCUUAGGUUAUGAGUCAUUUCUCGUUAGCGAAGUUCUUUUUUGGGACUUCUAUACUUGUGCUGUUUCUAAGUUGUUGAUUAAUGGAAUGGAACAGCUCUCACUGUUAACUUGAAUUGCA